GACCAGAGGUCAGCUGAUCCUCGCACGACCGAAGAGUCCGACAAGAUCAUCUCAACCCGUUCUUGUAAUCGCUCACUAACAACAUUUUAUGACUGCAUUUACGAAUUUUAUAGGAAAACAAAACAUAAUCCGCGUCAAAGACAUCAUCGCCGGAACGCAGUCAAGAUGUCUGGGAAAGAAAGGAUCGACAUAUUCCCCUCAAGGAUGGCUCAGACCAUCAUGAAGGCUCGUUUGAAAGGAGCACAGACGGGCCGCAACCUGCUCAGGAAGAAGUCGGACGCCCUUUCCAUGCGAUUCCGUCAAAUCCUCCGCAAGAUUAUCGAGACCAAGACCAAAAUGGGAGAGGUGAUGAGAGAGGCGGCCUUCUCUUUGGCCGAAGCCAAAUUUGCAGCUGGUGACUUCAGCACGACUGUCAUCCAGAAUGUCAAUAAAGCUCAGGUGAAGGUCCGAGCCAAAAGAGACAACGUGGCAGGUGUAAUUCUUCCCGUUUUUGAGCACUACCAAGAAGGCGGGGACAGCUAUGAGCUGACUGGCCUGGCCAGGGGUGGCGAGCAGCUGUCCAGGUUGAAGAGGAACUAUGCCAGAGCUGUGGAGCUGCUGGUGGAGUUGGCCUCCCUACAGACAUCAUUUGUCACUCUCGAUGAGGCCAUAAAGAUCACCAACCGCCGCGUGAACGCGAUUGAGCACGUAAUCAUCCCCCGCAUCGAUCGCACCCUGACUUACAUCGUCACCGAGCUGGACGAGAGGGAACGAGAGGAGUUCUACAGGCUGAAGAAGAUCCAGGAGAAGAAGAAGCAGCUGCGAGAAAGGACAGAGAAAGAGAUUGCCGCUCGUCUGGCCAAGCUCGGCCCCAUCGCCGAACCCGCCAACAUGAUGACGGAGGAGACGGAUGAAGACAUGCUCUUUGAGUGACCCCUGUCACCGUGGAAACCCUUACACCUAUUUAUUCCGCGCCUCUCGGACCGUGUCUAUGUGCUCUCUUGAAGAUGUGUCGUGAUGUGGUGUCCAUGUUUCUUUGUACAGAACUGAGGUGUCGCUGCGCCCAAAUAAGGAUGCAUAAAUAUAACACGGAGAUUGUGAUUGUUGCAUGCUGUAAAUCUGAAAAUAAUAGUUGGAAUAGUCUAAAGUGUGUGGGAUUGUUACCUCACUGACAAGAUGUUUACCCCCCACACCCUUGCUGUUAAACAUUUCAACAUUCACUCAUAAAUAAAAAGCCGUACUCAAAA